AGGGAUCGCCUGGCGGUUGGGGGGGGUGGCGGGGCGGCGGUGACUGUGGUCUUCACCAACGCACGCGACUGCUUCCUCCACCUGCCACGGCGCCUAGUGACCCAAUUGCACCUUCUACAGAAUCAAGCUAUAGAAGUAGUCUGGGGUCACCAGCCUGUAUUCUUGAGCUGGGUGGAAGGCAGGCAUUUCGGUGAUCAAGGUGAAAAUGUGGCUGAGAUUAACAGACAAGUUGGUCAGAAACUUGGACUCUCAAAUGGGGGACAGGUGUUUCUUAAGCCAUGUUCCCAUGUGUUAUCUUGUCAGCAAGUUGAGGUGGAACCCUUGUCAGCAGACGAUUGGGAGAUACUGGAGCUGCAUGCUACUUCCCUCGAACAGCAUCUUCUAGAUCAAAUUCGAAUAGUUUUUCCAAAAGCCGUCUUCCCCAUUUGGGUUGACCAACAGACGUACAUCUUCAUCCAGAUUGUUGCAUUAAUGCCGGCCGCCACGUACGGAAGGCUGGAAACCAACACCGAACUCCUCAUUCAGCCAAAGACACGCCAAGCCAAAGAGAGUACAUUUCCAGAAGCAGAUGUGUGUGGAAAAUUUCAUAGCUCUGAAAGACACCAAAAAGGAAUGGCAAAAGAACUUCAAACCAAGCGACAUUGGUCAAGUCCUCUAGGAGUUACUGAGCCUAAUGAAACAGAUUCAGAAGUUCCAAAUGACUCCUCAUUGAUACCAAACUUAUGGACUAUGCUAGGAAGCAUUUUUUCUUUUGGAUCUGAGAAGAAAGAAGAGACAUCCUGGGGUUUAACUGAAAUCAGUGCAUUCAAAAACAUGCAGUCCAAGGUGGUUCCUCUGGACAAUAUUUUCCGAGUAUGUAAAUCUCAGCCUCCCAGUAUAUGUAAUGCAGCAGAAGCGUCUGUGUUUGCCAAGCACUGUGCCAUUCAUGUAUUUCCAUGGGACCAGGAAUAUUUUGAUGUGGAGCCCAACUUUACCGUGACCUAUGGAAAGCUGGUUAAGCUACCGUCUCCAAAGCAGCAGCAAAAUAAAACAAAGCAAAAUGCCCUGUCACCUGAAAAAGAGAAGCUGGUGUCAGAGCCUCUGGAUCAAAAACAGACUAGCUCGGAUCAUAGUCAAGAAGCUGGUAAGACUUGUGUGCUAAGGGUAGUCUGGAAUGGACUGGAAGAAUUGACAAAUACCAUAAAAUACACCAGAAAUGUAGAAGUUCUUCAUCUUGGGAAAGUCUGGAUUCCAGAUGACCUGAGGAAGAGACUAAACAUAGAAAUGCAUGCAGUUGUCAGAAUAACUUCAGUGGAAAUUACCCCUAAAAUUCCAAGAUCUCUAAAAUUACAACCUAGAGAGAACUUACCUAAAGAUACAAGUGAAGAAGACAUAAAAGCUGCAUUCCACUCAUGGGUACAGCAAUGUUCCACCACCACGCUUCCUUUGGUAGUGUCAGAAGAGGAAUAUAUUAAGCUGGUAAUUAAAAAUGAAUUGGUGGCGUUUUCUCUACAUAUAGUUCAUUCUUGGGAAAAAGAAAAAGAAAAAAAUAUUUUCCUGUUGAGUACCAGUCUGCUGCAGAGGACCACAAUACAAGUCCUUCUAGAUCCUAUGGUAAAAGAAGAAAACAGUGAGGAUAUUGACUUUAUUCUUCCUUUUUUAAAGCUGAACUCUUUGGGAGGAGUGGAUUCCUUAGGCCUGUCCUCCAUGGAGCACAUUACUCACAGCCUCCUGGGACGCCCCUUGUCCCGGCAGAUGAUGUCCCUCGUGGCAGGACUUAGGAACGGAGCCAUUUUGCUCACAGGAGGAAAGGGAAGUGGAAAAUCAACUGUAGCCAAAGCAGUGUGUAAAGAGGCCUCUGACCUGUUGGAUGCCCACGUGGAGAUAGUUGACUGUAAAGCUUUGCGAGGAAAAAGGCUUGAAAAUGUACAGAAAGCCCUCGAGGCAGCCUUCUCGGAGGCGGCAUGGAGGCAGCCCUCUGUUGUUCUGCUGGAUGACCUGGAUCUCAUCACAGGGCUACCUGCUGGCCCGGAGCAUGAGCACAGCCCUGACGCGGUGCAGAGCCAGCGACUCGCACAUGCUUUGAGCGAUAUGAUAAAGGAGUUUAUUUCCAUGGGAAGUUUGGUUGCACUAAUUGCCACAAGUCAAUUUCAACAUUCUCUACAUCCUUCACUUGUUUCUGCUCAAGGAAUUCACUUAUUUCAGUGUAUCCACCAUAUUCAACCUCCUACUCAGGAGCAAAGAUGUGAAAUUCUAGAGAACAUAAUAAAAAAUAAACUGGACUGCAAUAUAAACAGGUUUGCUGAUAUUGACCUACAGCGUGUAGCUAAAGAAACCGAAGGGUUUGUGGCUCGAGAUUUCACAGUGCUUGUGGACCGGGCGAUACAUUCUUGUCUCUCUCAUCAGAGCAUAUCUACCAAGGAAGAAUUAAUUUUAACAACAUUGGACUUUGAAAAGGCUCUCCAAGGAUUUAUUCCUGGAUCUCUGCGAAAUGUCAGCCUGCAUAAACCUAGAGACCUGGGCUGGGAUAAGAUCGGUGGGUUACAUGAAGUUCGGCAGAUACUCAUGGAUACUAUCCAGUUACCAGCCAAGUACCCAGAAUUAUUUGCAAACUUGCCCAUACGACAAAGAACAGGAGUACUAUUGUAUGGUCCUCCUGGAACAGGAAAAACCUUACUAGCUGGGGUAAUUGCACGAGAGAGUAGAAUGAAUUUUAUUAGUAUCAAGGGGCCAGAGUUACUCAGCAAGUACAUUGGAGCAAGUGAACAAGCUGUUCGGGAUAUUUUCAUUAGAGCACAGGCCGCAAAGCCCUGCAUUCUUUUCUUUGAUGAGUUUGAAUCCAUUGCUCCUCGAAGAGGUCAUGAUAAUACAGGCGUUACGGACCGUGUGGUUAACCAGUUGCUGACUCAGCUGGAUGGCGUAGAAGGCUUACAGGGUGUUUAUGUAUUGGCUGCUACUAGUCGCCCUGACUUGAUUGACCCUGCCCUGCUUAGGCCUGGUCGACUAGAUAAAUGUGUAUACUGUCCUCCUCCUGAUCAGGUGUCACGUCUUGAAAUUUUAAAGGUUCUCAGCGACUCUUUACCUCUGGCAGAUGACGUUGACCUUCAGCAUGUGGCCGCAGUGACCGACUCCUUUACUGGAGCCGAUCUGAAAGCUUUACUUUACAAUGCCCAGUUAGAGGCCCUACAUGGACGACUGCUCUCGUGUGGACUCCAGGAUGGAAGUUCCAGCUCUGACAGUGACCUAAGUCUGUCUUCAAUGGUCUUUCUUAACCACAGCAGUGGCUCUGACGAUUCAGCGGGAGAUGGGGAAUGUGGUUUAGAUCAGUCCCUUGUUUCUCUAGAGAUGUCUGAGAUCCUUCCAGAUGAAUCAAAAUUCAAUAUGUACCGGCUCUACUUCGGAAGCUCUUAUGAAUCAGAACUUGGAAAUGGAACCUCCUCUGACCUGGUAUCUUGCGCAGUGUUGUUGCACAGUCCUGACAUAAAAGCUAGCUCACAGUGUCUUUCUGCACCAAGCUCCAUGACUCAGGAUUUGCCUGGAGUUCCUGGGAAAGAUCAGUUGUUUUCACGACCUCCAGUGUUCAGGACAGCUUCGCAAGAGGGUUGCCAAGAACUUACACAAGAGCAAAGAGAUCAACUGAGGGUGGAUAUCAGUGUUAUCAAAGGCAGAUACCGGAGCCAAAGUGGAGAGGAUGAAUCCCUUACCCAGCCAGGACCAAUCAAAACCAGUCUGGCUAUUAGUCAGUCACAUUUAAUGACUGCACUUGGUCACACCAGGCCGUCCAUUAGUGAAGACGACUGGAAGAAUUUUGCUGAGCUGUAUGAAAACUUUCAAAAUCCCAAAAAGAGGAAAAAUCAAAGUGGAACAAUGUUUCGACCUGGACAGAAAGUAACUUUAGCAUAAAAUACCUCCAAGGCAGGUUACUACAUUGUAACAGUAGAAAUGGUGUCUGAAAAAUUAAAUUAAUCUCAGAUUGGUAAAUGCGGUGAUUAUGAUUAUAUAAUGAUCGGGAUUACUGGAGAUGAAAACUGUAGAGCAAAUCAAGAUAUUUAUAAUGGAUCCUGUAUUUUGUUUUCAAUAAAUCUACAUUAAAUCCUUAA